AUGGAGCGCGAGCUGGAGGCGCUGGCGGCCCGGCCCGCGCUCCCGGCGGCCCGGCCCGAGCCUCCCUUCCAGGCGCUGGUGGAGGCGGCGGGCGGGCGCGGGCAGGUGCUGCUGGUGGGCGAGCUGUGGGAGCGCGAGCAGAGCCGCGCGCUGCUGCGGGACUUCGCCCGGGCGGUGUUCCCGCCGGAGCCGGCCGCUGGCAAGCCGGGCGAAGCGGUGGCCGAGGGCGCCGGGCCCGGGACGCCGGGGGCGCGGUGGGUGCCCGGGACGGCCAGGGCGCGCGCUAUCCACUCGACGCUCGUCUUCGUGCUGUGCCGCGCGUCGUCGCUGGCCGCCAGGGAGCCGCGGCGCCGCCUGCGGGAGAUGCUGCGCGAUGUGCGCGACCGGCGGGUGGCCGGCGCGGCGCUGGUCGGGGUGCUGGUGGCCGAGGCGGGGCCCGAGGACGCGGUGGCGCCGAUGUUGCGGCUCCUGGAGGCGCUGCUGCGCACCGUGUUCGGCCGCCAGGCGGGAGGCCCGGUGCAGGCGGCCGCCUACUGCCCCGGCCACCCCGCCUCCAGCCUGGCCGUCCAGACCGCCGCUAGCAGGGCCCUGCAAGCAGCCGGACCCGCGCGACCAGCAGAAGGAGCCUGGGAGAGACCCGGCCUCCCGGCGCUGUUGGCGUGCUUCUCCUGGGGUCCCUGGAGCCGGGGGAAGGACCCGUAUGCCACCACCUCCCCCAGUGGUCCCGCUCAGGGUAACUUCCGGGAACCAGAGGAGGAGCUGGCGCUGACAGUCAUACUUCCCAACGGAGACUGUGAGGAUCCUGGAAAGGGGUCGGGAGCCUGUGACGGAGCUGCCCACACUCCCGCUGAGCCCGCUGGAGACUCCAGAUGAAGCCUGGACCCCGGGGCUGCUGCAGCUCCUCACUGAGCCCCCAGGCCUCCACGAUGACCUUGGGAUUGCAGUCACUAUGAAGCCCCACCUUCCCGGGGACUGCCGCAUCGACAGUUACCAGCAAGGCAGCGCGACUUACUCAGCUAAGCCAGACCUGGGAAAAUGUAUCCUCUGGGAACUGGGUCCCUCCCCUGCCUCCAGUUUGGUCACUCUGGUCACAGUGAGGUUGUUCUCUCUGCGCCUUGGUUUCUCUGUGCCAUUGAGAC